AUGCGCCGUUUUCUAGUAUUAUUAUUUAUAUACAGCUUUUUAUAUCCUUGUUCAUUUAAUGGAUUGGACUCCCGUUUUAAAACACAAAGCUGCCAAAAUCUGAGCAGUGGGAAUUUAUUCAAAUGCAGCAAUGGGCAAUGUAUAUUACAGUCCUAUAGAUGUGAUACGAUUGUGGACUGUACAGAUGGCUCAGAUGAAGAAGGCUGUGACAAUUAUAACAACUCUUCUUCCAUCAAAUGCUCUAAAUAUGAAUAUAAAUGCAGAAAUAAUUACUGCAUACCGAUAGACAAGUUUUGCGACGGGAUAAUAAAGGAUUGCCCGGAUGGAAGUGAUGAGUACGACGAUUGCGUGAAACAUUUGAACUGUAGCAGCAGGUUCCAGUGUGCUGACGAUCAUUGUGUAUAUCAACACUGGGUUUGCGACGGCAAGAAGGAUUGUCCCGACGGCAGCGACGAGUGGAAUUGCAAUAUAAAUAAAACAUCAUCCGCGAGUAAAUGUAAAAUAAACAAUUUCCAAUAUUUAUGUAAAAAUAAACUAUGCAUAUCUCUUAAAUUAGUAUGCAAUGGAAAGGAUGAUUGUGGUGAUAAAUCAGAUGAAGUCAAUUGUACAACAUCCAGUUGUCCCAGCUCGGUAAAAUGCGAUCACGAAUGCAAACAAACUCCUGAAGGAAGUAUAUGUUUUUGUAAACCAGGUUAUAAAUUAAAAAAUGAUAACACUUGUAGAGAUAUCAAUGAAUGUCAGAUUUAUGGUAUAUGCGAUCAAGAAUGUAUAAAUACGCCAGGAUCGUAUAGAUGCAAGUGUCAAACGGAUUAUUUCUUACAGCAAGACCAAAAAACCUGCAAAUCGAGGGCUGGCGAAGCUACGAUAGUGUUCUCUACAAAAACAGAGAUUGUCGGGAUAUAUCUUGACUCGCAAAUAAACUUUAUAGUUGCGAAAAACUUAAAUCUUGCAAUCGGUGUUGAUAUGAACGGCGAUCACAUAUAUUGGUCGGAUAUUGAAGAAAACAACAGGGUCAUUGUAAGAAGUACUCAUCAAAAUAAACACGAAGUUAUUGUAAGAACAGGCUUGAAGAAGAUAUCGGCGAUAGCUGUGGAUUGGAUCACAGAAAAUGUAUAUUUCACAGAUAACGGUUACGAUCAUAUUGGCGUUUGUAAAGACGACGGCACAUAUUGCACCAUAUUAAUUAAUAAUAUUAAUAAACCAAGAGGACUUGUUUUGUCACCAACCCAUGGAAAAAUGUAUUGGAGUGAUUGGGGCCCUAGAGCAUGUAUAACAGUUGCGGGAAUGGAUGGCAAAAAUAUCCGUAAAUUCGUCUGUAAUAAUUUAAAAGCACCUCGAAGCCUAACUAUUGAUUAUCCGACCAAUCGAUUAUAUUGGGUGGAUAUGAAAUUAAAGAGAAUCGAAUCAAUACGUUUAGACGGAACUGAUCGAAGACUUGUACUACAUGCUAUGAUACGCAAUCCAUUUUCAAUGGCGAUUUUCGAAAAUAAAUUGUAUUGGAGCGAGUGGGAAUCCAAAUCAAUAGAGUUCUGCAAUAAAUUUACUGGAAAGGAUUGGAAUAUCUUACAUAGCAAUCAACGACUUUCACAUUACAGUCUGCACAUUGAUCAAUCAUCAAUAAAGCCUAAAAUUGACAAUCCAUGUUACUCUAAUCCGUGUUCUGAAUUGUGUAUGCUAAAUCAAAAUAAUGGAUACACGUGCGCUUGUACUUUGAAUAAAAAAUUAAAUGUCGACAAUCAUACCUGUCAAGAGGUAACGAAGAAUGUGCUUAUUCUUUAUGAUACGGUAUUUACAAACUAUUGUAACGGAAUGUUGGGAAAGCCGAAAACAAGAACAGUCUCGAAAGUAUUACAACCUAAGGAUAUAGUAUCUGAUCCGACCUCUGGCCAAGUAAUAUGCAGUGUACUGACAGAACAGUUUGAGAUAAACAUCGUACGCUUCGAUCCAGUCAGUGAUACUUUUGGAAACACCAUAUUGCACAAUGUUUCUUAUUUUAGUAUGGCAUUUGAUCAUAUUGGUAAUAAUUUGUAUAUGACAAAUAUACUGAGCAAUUCUAUCAAGGUAUACAGCUUAAAAACUCUGGCAAUGACGGCCUUUUAUUUUAAGGAUUCUAUUCCUUACUAUAUUACAUUAGUACCUGAGGAAAGCAAGAUGUAUGUAGCAUUUAAAGAUAUACUUCCUUCUAAUCAUACAUUUGAGAGGUUUUGUAUAUAUGAAAUGGAAAUGAACGGACUCGGUGAAAAAAAACUACUCAGGGAUAAUUUGCAUGGUCCAAUAAUAUCAAUGUACUACGAUAAAGACAGUAAAACGCUCUUCGUGAGUGAUCAAAUGUCUGGUGAAAUCUUAUCCCUGUCAGCUGAAGGCACACGUUUGCUUCGUACUGGAUUACAACAGCCUUUAAGUCUUACUGUCGCAGACGACAAUAUUUUUUGGAUUGAAUAUGAAAAAUAUUCAAAUUAUUUAACAUUAUACUCGACAAAUUUUAAAAUUACUUAUAAUCACAAAAAUGCUAGAUUUCAAAUACCCAUCAGGGAUCAAUUAGUUAACUCACCAACUUCCGCGCAUAUGGUAACUUUGCGUAAGGAUGUUAAAGAGAAUCAUGAUUGUCAAAAAAAUAAUGGAAAUUGCUCACACGUGUGUUUGCUUUCCUCUAUUACUUCAUUUGUUUGUGCUUGUCCUCCUGGAAUGGCACUAUCAAAUAAUAAUCGCACAUGUAUUGUGCAUGAAUGUCCAAAGAAUGAAUUUAAAUGCAGUGAGCACAACAUCUGCAUACAAAAGGAGAAUGUGUGCGAUGAUAUCGCACAUUGCCCAAAUGGUGAAGACGAAACGAUGGAUUGUCACAAAAGGGAGAAAUGCAAGGAAAAUGAAUUUACAUGCACGAACGGCGAGUGCAUCAGUAUAAAAAGUCGUUGUAAUUGGCAUUACGAUUGCACCGAUCAGUCGGAUGAAGAGAAUUGCAUAAAACCGAAAUGCGCAAGUGAUGAAUUUCAAUGUCGCAACGGAAUAAUUCCUUGCGUAUCGAAAUCAUUGCUAUGCGACGGCGAGUUUGAUUGUGAGGAUGGAUCGGAUGAAAAACUCGAGACAUGUAAACUAGGCGCACCAUGUUUAAACGGUAAAUUUCGAUGUAACAAUGGUAAUUGUAUAUCUCCUUCGCUGAUGUGUAACGGCUUUGACGAUUGCUCCGAUGGCAGUGACGAAAGACAUUGCUUAGCGAAACCAAACUAUUUGGUUAAUUGCACUGUGGAUGAGUAUCGGUGUUUCGACACCGAUUUAUGUAUUUCUAUAAAAUUAAAAUGCAACGGCAAAAGUGAUUGUCCUAAAAGCGAUGACGAGCAUGAUUGCUCGUUUUGCUUGGAGGAUGAAUUUACCUGCGACAAUGCAGAGUGCAUUUCAGAGAAUUUGGUAUGCGACAAGUCUGAUGAUUGCGGUGAUAAUUCAGAUGAGAAAAAUUGCGACGGUAGUAAAAAGACCAUGAAAUCUACCAAAUGUGAUGAAUUUAAAUGUUCUAGCGGCACUUGCCUGCCGUACAGUAAAGUAUGCGACGGUAAUCAAGAUUGUCCAGAUGAUAGCGACGAAAAUGGGAAAUGUCAGAUCGCAUGUACGAUGAACAAUUUUUGUGAAGGCAUAUGUUAUAAGACACCAAAAGGCGAUGUUUGCAGCUGUCCAGAUGGAUAUCGUUUAGCUGCUGAUGCGAUUUCCUGCGAGGACAUAAACGAAUGCAAAAGCAACAUUUGCUCGCAAAUUUGUCGGAAUACUAUAGGUUCUUUCGAGUGUUCGUGUCACGAGGGAUAUGUUAUUCGUAGCGACAAAGUUUCUUGCAAAGCUGUCGGGCCGGCAAUGGAAUUCAUCACCGUAACUAGUAAUGAUAUUAGGAAGAUUUCAUCUAAUUCACACUCGAUCGAUAUGAUCCAUUUAUUAUCGGGUUUGAGUAUAAAUGGAUUCGAUGUGAACGCAGUCCACAAUUCUGUCUACUGGAGUAACGAUGAAUUUGGUACUGUUAAAAAACUCAAUAUUAAAACCAAAAAAAUGACCACAAUUAUGACAGUCGAGCAUCCACAGUCACUUGCGGUCGAUUGGAUUACUGAUAAUGUUUAUGUCAAUGAUAAUGGUCGUCUGAGUAUGAUUAAGGUAUGCAGUUUGGAGAAAGAAAGAUGUGCGACGCUAGUCGAGAUAGAAGAUAAAGCAAAAGUAGAGUCCAUUGCAGUUGACUCGAUUAAUAGAUGGCUAUUCUGGGUUCAAAUAACGUGGCAACUAGAUGUACCAUUUAGCAAAAUAUGUCGGACAGACAUGAUGGGCACCGACAUGAAAAUUAUCAGUUCCGAUGCAGGCUUUGUGAGCGGAAUAGCAAUUGAUCAUAUAAAAUUGAAAUUAUAUUGGUCAGACAGUUUCACCAAAACUAUCAAAUCAUCUAAUUUGGAUGGAAGCCAACGUAGCAUAUUUUUGAGAACAAAUAUGUAUCAUCCAUUUGGUAUUAGUAUUUUUGAACAAUCGCUUUAUUGGUUGAUGGAUACAAGCGGUCAACUGCAAAGUUGUAAACUGUACGGUAAAAAGUCAUGUAAAAUAAUAAAUCUAGGCACAAAUAACGUUUACAGACAGUUUUCCAUCCUUCAUAUUUCCAGACAACCUGUUGUUGAAAACCCUUGCGAUGGAGAGAAUUGCGACUAUAUGUGCGUUCUGAAGAAGGAAAAUGCAACGUGCAUUUGUUCAGAUGGCAAAUCAAUAGAAUCUAAUAAUACUUGCACAAUAAAUAUGAAUAGUGAGUUGAUUAAAAAUCCAUCGAAAAAUGUACGGUACUCAAAUGGAAUUUAUAGUCUAAUAAUAAUUGUAUUACUGGUCUUUAUUCUAUUAUUAUGCGUUUAUUACUACUAUCAGAGAAACAGAUUAAAACUGAAAUCAGUAAACAAUCUUAGUUGCAGUAGCAUUUACUUCCAUAAUCCAUCAUACGAUCGAAGCGACGAAGUGGAGAUAACACUCAACUCGAUAAUUGCAGGCUUAUCUCCUGGACAGCACGAAUAUAUUAAUCCUAUUGAUAAUAAAUUCCUAAAUCUAAAAGAUGCGAUGGAAAACAAUGAAAACAUACAGAGAUCAGAUCCAUAUUCGAAAGAAAAAGAUGCUGAAGAGACAGAGCAGCAUGAUUCGUUAAUUUAUUUUGGAAAACAGAGACCAGUAGAUUAUAGGGGUAAGUAA